AUGGAGCUUGCUUCGGAGAGAUCUGGUCACGGAGCAAGUGGAGUCAAGGAAGAAAAGAGAAGUGAUGAGUAUACUGUAGGCGAUGACGAUGAUGAAGAAGAAGAUGGUCCUCAUAAACAAGAGAUUAUCGUCGAGGAACCACCCGUAGCUAAUACGGAAAGAUCCAUACAGCAGGAGGCUCGACCUAGCACGUCCGCAGACAAAAAGGAAGAGGUUGAUUGUCAGCUUGAGAGUACUAAAGCUGAGAUGGGUGUGGUGAGAGAAGAAAAUAAACGGUUGAAGAGGUCUUUGAACAAAAUAAUGAAUGAAUAUCGGACACUAGAAAUGCAAUUUCAAGACAUACUUAAGCAAGGGACAAAAAAGAAAGUUGAUAAAGGAAAUGGUAACCAAGAAGAUACAUUAGAGGAAUCGGAUCUAGUUUCCCUCAGCCUGGGAAGAGUUCCUAGCAAUCAAAGAAACGAUGAGAAAAUCAAAGUUAAUAAACCAUUGAAAGAUAGUGAAGGGUUUAACCAAGACUUGACUCUUGGACUAGAGUGCAAAUCAAAGUCAGGAAGUACAACUGAAGCUUUGCCUAAUCCAAGCCCAGAAAACAGUUCUGAAGUUCCAAAGGAAGAAGCUGGGGAGACUUGGCCACCCAAGGAGACACAGAAGACAAUGAGAGACACAGAAGACGAACUUGCUCAGCAAAAUCCUAUGAAGAAACCGCGAGUUUGCGUUAGAGCAAGAUGCGACACUCCAACAAUGAAUGAUGGAUGCCAAUGGAGGAAAUAUGGACAGAAGAUUGCAAAGGGAAAUCCUUGCCCUCGAGCUUACUAUCGCUGCACCAUUGCACCAUCAUGCCCAGUCAGAAAACAGGUGCAAAGAUGUGUUGAUGACAUGUCCAUUUUAAUCACCACGUAUGAAGGGACCCACAACCACACUCUACCACCUUCAGCUACUGCCAUGGCAUCCACAACUUCCGCAGCAGCAUCCAUGCUUCUUUCUGGUUCAUCAACCUCUCACACUGCCGCAACACCUUCAACAACACCAACCACUUCUGCUGCCAAUCUCCACGGCCUCAACUUCUAUCUAUCAGAUGGUUCAAAACCAAGGCAAUUAUACCUGUCCAACCCUGCACUAUCAUCUUCACCUUCACAUCCAACCAUCACUCUCGACCUCACUUCACACCCAGCUUCUUCCUCCUCAUCACCCUUCGUUAGAUUCACUUCAAACUACAACCAACCCAGAUACCCCUCUUCAUCAAGCCUAAGCUUCAGUAGUUCCUCAGAAACCAAUGCAUUGUCUUGGAGCAACGGCUUCCUCAAUAAUACUUCUACUACUCAACCACCAUAUAGUAGCAGGAACAUCCUUGGGAAUGUAAACUUUGGGAGACAAGUAGAAAACAUGUACCAAUCCUACAUGCAAAAGAACAACAACAAUAUUCCAAGCGUUCCUCAUGGUGGUGUACCAGCGGAUACCAUAUCUGCAGCAACGAAAGUGAUCACAGCAGACCCCACUUUUCAAUCGGCUUUGGCAGCAGCGCUUACUUCGUUCAUUGGUGGCAGUGUUGGAGGAAAUCAAGGUGGUAAUAUUAUUGGAGAAAGUCUAAAUUUGGGUCAGAAAAUGAAGUGGGGUGAGGUGUUACCAGCGUCAAAUAAUUCCUCUUCUACCUUGUCUUGCUCAACUUCGAAAGUCAAUGGGUAUGCAUCGAGCUUCUUGAACAAAACACCCGCGAAUAAUACACAGACUAAAAGUUUGAUGUUUCUGCCGCCGUCGUCUUUGCCGUUUUCAACCCACCAAAGUGCAUCUGCAUCUGCAUCUCCUGCUGAUAAUAGCGACACCACCAAUUAA